AUGGUUCUUUAUCAGAUAAAACUUCUGUAUACAGCUGUUGACAAUAACUGGCAAUUCUCUUUACACAGGGUAGUACAACUAGAACAUCCUCAACGAUAUAAAAGCGGUAGAAAUAUCGCCGGUGCCUUCGGAUAUCAAAACGAAGUAAAUCAGGAACAAAGCCUAGCGCUAGCGCUGUCUUUGUCAGCGACUUCCCCUUCGUGGCUUUUUCCGUUCGGUCCGAACAUUUGCAGUGGGAUCGGAAACUCGUACGAGUUUUCGAUCUCUCUUCAAGUUUUCGCUCUGGUCACGGAAAAUUUCUGCGUUGUGGUUGAUGACCACGACGGCGGUCAAUAGGUUUGAGCCUUGCUGUUGUACUUAGAGCACCUUGCGAUAGAAAUAUUGCAACCGAAAAAUGAAAUCCGUACUUUAUUGCCAGCACGUUUUAAUUCUAAUCGUACACGCUCGAAUAGUUGACGUUCUAUUUUUUGAGUUAGAAAUGCCAAAAAAUGUUGGUAGAAGGAGCAGAGGCGAGCUAAGAGAUGAAAAGUAGUUUGCUGCAAGGAAUAGAAUAGUCUCAACCGAGAUGAACUACAACCACUUGAUGGCGUUUCAAGUGAAUUCCUUCUCGAGCAAACUUAAGCUUUUUCAUACCGAUUUAUUGGAGAAGGAAUAUCAACUAUCAGCUGCUUUUUGGAUACUUGUUUUAGAAGAUACGGAAUCAAAAACGUCAACCGAAAGAACUACUACCGACGAGAAACUGAUGCGUGUACACGUUGAUAUUAUAAGAGCGUUGGAAUAGAAGAGAUGUCUGAAGAAAGAUUGGUAGAGUAGCCCCCCACAAGGACAAUAAUUACUUUACAUCGCUGAGGACUUCUGCGCGAUGGAUUCAAGGUAAUAAGUCUGUAUAACACAACAAACCACCACCACACAAAGACUUUUUCCUUGUAGUGCAACUGAUGCCAGCGGGAGGAGGCGCUCGCUGCAGUUAUGGUAGGAAGGUACGUACGGGAGUAGAAAAAAAGGAUACUAGUGAUCACAUGCGAGCAUGACCAAGAACAAUACUCAGGGUCGGAUAGAUUCAGGCACCAUACGGCAAGUAGUCACGCGAACAACAUCGUUCGCGCGACCGAGCUGCAGGGGACGGGCUAAGUAAUAUCCAUCCGGUUCUAGUGAUAGCGCGAGUUUUAUGUAAUAGUACCUGUACCUGUACCUACCACGGCACCACAAGAAAACUGGAUGAAGUCAUACUGCUUACACAGGAGCAUUUAGAUUUCUCAACUGCACCGUCCGCAAUAGAAUAUCUUGUAUUCCGUUUCUGAAGCAAUAGCAAAACCCUACACCGGUACCCACCAACACAACUCGAAAAACGCCACCAUGAUGAAGAAUUUUAGCUCUUCACUCCAGCCACUCCUGGUGAGGAUGAGAGUGUGCUGUGUCCCAUAGGAUGACGCUUUUUUCUUGCAUCUAUGGGUUAACGGUACGCAGAGAAAUGAGAAAAAAAGAGUCCCACGACAAGUAGGGUAGAGGAAGCACGACAGGACUCCUGGUGUAAUUUAUGAAAAAAGAAAAGCAGAAAGAGAUAGACAGUGGCAUAAAACUCCUAUCUGAUUGCCUAUUUGUAGUUUCGUUUCUCGACGGGGUUGUAAGUAAAUGCUAAACUUGUUACGGUAGCGAAUUUAUUGGAUAGAACAGGAUGAGGAUCAGCAUCAUGUUUACGCGAAACCUCUAGACGAGGUGAAAAAAACAUCGAGAAUCACUAUAAGCUGCCAAUAGAGCAGCAGUGGCAUGAUAGUUCUGGGCUGCUAAAAUCGAUUAGGUCUACUUCGAGGCGAAUAGACACUGCUGAAACUACCACUACACUUUUCUGAAUAGACCGACGGCUGCUAGAGAAUACAACUAGCUACAACUUUUUGGAAAAUACAACACAG